UGACUCGGGCGACUGGCAGUGCCCCGCCCCUCGGCGGCGACUCUCCAGACUGCUACGUCGGUGGCGCGCUCUUGCACGGUCUGGGAACAUGGCCAGAAGGGCUCUCAAGCUCGCUUCCUGGACCAGCAUGGCUCUUGCUGCCUCUGGCGUCUACCUCUACAGUAACAAGUACUUGGACCCUAAUGACUUUGGCGCUGUCAGGGUGGGCAGAGCAGUUGCUACGACAGCUGUCAUCACUUAUGACUAUCUCACCACCUUGAGGAGUGUCCCCUAUGGCUCAGAGGACUACUUACAGCUUCUGUCCGAGGUGCACCUCCGUUCUGCCAGGCGUCUUUGUGAGCUCUGUUGUGCCAAUCGGGGCACCUUCAUCAAGGUGGGCCAGCACCUGGCGGCCCUGGACUACCUGCUGCCCCAGGAGUACACCAGCACGCUGAAGGUAUUGCAUAGCCAGGCCCCACAGAGCAGCAUGGAAGAGGUCCGCCAAGUCAUCCGCGAGGACCUGGGCAAAGAGAUCCAUGAUUUGUUCAUGAGCUUUGACGACACCCCUCUGGGGGCUGCCUCCCUGGCCCAGGUCCAUAAGGCGGUGCUGCAUGAUGGGCGGACGGUGGCUGUGAAGGUCCAACACCCAAAGGUCCAGGUGCAGAGCUCGAAGGACAUUCUCCUGAUGGAGGUGCUUGUCCUGGCUAUCAAGCAGCUGUUUCCAGAUUUUGAGUUCGUGUGGCUGGUGGAUGAAGCCAAGAAGAACCUGCCUUUGGAGCUAGAUUUCCUCAAUGAAGGGAGGAAUGCGGAGAAAGUAGCCCAAAUGCUCAAGCACUUUGACUUCUUAAAGGUCCCCCAAAUCUACUGGGAGCUGUCCACCAAGCGGGUCCUCCUGAUGGAGUUUUUGGACGGCGGGCAGGUCAAUGACAAAGACUACAUGGAGAGGAACAAAAUCGAUGUCAACGAGAUCUCGCGCCACCUGGGCAAGGUGUACAGUGAGAUGGUCUUUGUCAACGGGUUCGUGCACUGCGACCCCCACCCGGGCAAUGUGCUGGUGCGGAAGCACCCAGACACGGGAAAGGCAGAAAUUGUCCUGUUGGACCAUGGGCUCUACCAGGUGCUCACGGAGGAAUUCCGCCUGGAUUACUGCCACCUCUGGCAGUCGCUGAUCUGGACCGACAUGGAGAGCGUGAAGAAGUACAGCCAGCGACUUGGAGCUGGCGAUCUCUACCCCCUGCUGGCCUGCAUGCUGACGGCCCGCUCCUGGAGCUCCGUCAACAGGGGCAUCAGCCAAGCUCCCGUCACUGCCACUGAGGACUCGGAGAUCCGCAACAACGCGGCCACCUACCUUCCCCAGAUCAGCCAGCUCCUCAACCAUGUGCCACGCCCGAUGCUGCUCAUCUUCAAGACUAACGACCUGCUGCGAGGCAUCGAGACCACCCUGGGCACCCGCGCCAGUGCCAGCUCCUUCCUCAACAUGUCGCGUUGCUGCAUCAGAGCGCUGGCCGCGCACAACAAGAAAAAUGCCUGUUCGUUCUUCAGAAGGACCCAGUUCUCCUUCAGCGAGGCCGUGAGCUUAUGGCAGAUCAGCCUUCACGAACUCAUUCUGCGAGCGAAGGCGCUGAGGCUGGCCGGCUGGGUCUCGGCCCUGCUUCACUGGCUGUUGCCUGCUCCACGCUGACAGGACUUUCUGUCCCCUUCCCCUUCUUGGUGUGACUGUGGUGGGUGAGGGCUCUUUUCACUCACUCUUCAGUCAGGUCUACCAGUUGCCCUGUUUCUGCCACAUGGUGGCCUGGAGCCCGUGGUCACCGUCCAUGGCACCACGGUACUCCACCUCUGGGAUUCCUGUCCUGCGCUGUGGCCCCUGUCUCGGGGCACACAAGGUGAACCAUGCAGUAGGUUUCUCUUCUUAUCUAGGGAGAGGGCCACAGUGUGCUUUCCGACUCCCGGCAUGUGCCAUUGGGUUAAAUGUUCCUCCACUUCCGUUAAUUCCUCCUUUGUCAUGAUGGACCGUGGAUCCCACUGAGGGCAUAUUUAACUGUAGGAAGUUUGACCUUGUUGGGGGGAGCAUGGUCAGAACAGGCUCCCUCCUCUUGCCUUGUCACUCCCCAGAGAGGUCACACCCUUGCUCACAGGCAGUAAUUGUAUAUGAGUCUCUCUGAUCUUACUUCACCCCAUCUCUGGGGCAGAAAACCCCCACAUUGGAGUCUUAUUUUCUGUUCUUGUUAUUCAUAAUAUCAGCAGAUUUUCUACUGACCAGAGAUGAUUCACAGUCCCUUUAUUUCCUGAAAGAAUUAAUUGUUCUUAGUGACCAGUUGGAUGUACCUAGGGGCCUGAGAGAAUAAUUUGCAAGAUCUGUUACUAAUCAUGAGGCUGCAUACUGGCUAUUGUACUUUACGGUGUCUGUUAUAGCCACCGAAGUAAAAACAAAUGUCCCUUCUGC